AUGGCUCUUAUUUGUAUCGGAUCCGUAUGUUUUUCACUUUUCCAUAUAGGAGUUAUAAUUUUGUUAAUUAUAAAUUAUUUUUCAUCUCAUAUAAAAAAAAUAUUUCCAUUCUUCUUUAAAAGUACAAAUAAAGAAGAAAUAGACAAACAAAUUGCAAAUAUCUUAGAAGCAAAAAGGAAAAAUAAGCAGCUUGAAAAAAGUACUUAUAUCGAAUUAAAAAACACAGAAAGUUUAAACCAUGUAUUUUCAUCAACUCAAAAUUCGUCCAUAGUCAUAAAAUUUGGUGCCGUUUGGUGUAAGCCAUGUAAUAAAAUCAAAGAGUAUUUUAAGAAUCAAUUGAAUUAUUAUUUUGUAACAUUGGUUGAUAUUGAUGUUGAUAUACACCCAAAAUUAAAUAAUGAACAUAACAUUAAAGCAUUGCCAACAUUUGAAUUUUAUUUUAAUUUGAAUAAUGAAUGGAUCUUAGUUCAUACAGUUGAAGGAGCUAAUCAAAAUGAUAUAGAAAAGGCAUUUCAGAAGUAUUGUUUAGAAAAAGCAAAAUGA